CGAGCAUGGCAUUGCAUUCUAGAUAUUGUCUUUUUUUUUCUCUUUUCCUUUUUUCCUUUUUUUUUAUUUGUUGGCUUUCCGAGUUCAUCUGCGCGCUUCGACAAUAGGGAUCAUUGGAGAAUCACGGUAUUGAUCAUGGUUGGGAUACAAUGGAACGGACUCUGUUGGGGGUGUUGGGGUAUUCCUUUUGAGCCAGCAAAAUUUCAACCAGCUACGACGGAUUUGGGACAUCUGCGAGGCACAUGGAUUGGGAGUCGUGCGUGCGACAAGAUUGUUCUGAGUGUCCAUAAUUCUUGUACUGUUCUUCAUAUUACUUAUACUGUUCUCGUCUUGUGUUUACAUAUGCUUUCCCUGCGGGUUUUGUCGUUCCCUCCUUCAAAAGUCGAGACGUGAUUAUUGGUUUGACUAGCCCGAUGCCUGCAUUCUCUCGUAUCGCCUUUCAGCGUGUGAUGUACAGCAUGGUUCGAUCUCAGCUAGGCAGGGAGUCAUGGGCGAUUGGGGUGUAGAUCAACUAUAUGAGGAUUCUCUUUUUAUCGAGCUUGUUGAUAUUUAUGCAUUGGUUGUCAUGAUCGAUUGGUGGGUGAUUAGGUCAGGGCCAGGAUGAAAUUCACGGUACCAUUAGAGGGGU